AUGCCUCCAUACACUGCCGCUCAGAAGCAACAAAUAGCUCAGUUUGUGAGCUUCACAGAGGCCACUAACACAGUCGCUGCAAAGGUGGUCACCCAACUUUUCAUCUUAUGGUGCCUUGUCCCCGAUAUGGCUCUGCAACACCUCAGCCCGAAUUCUUAUGCAUCACGUGACGCUCAUACUGACAACGGUGAACAGUAUCUGAAGGCGAGCCGAUGGAACACGGAGGAAGCUGUUGAUGCGUACUUCCAAAGCCCACAGGGUGGAGGAGGCUCAACGCCUGCCAUCAACCAGAUCUUCGAUAAAUACAGGGAUUCACCGGAGGAGAACCCAGAUACUAUCGGCAUCGAAGGCGCCAUGCGGUUCCUGGGAGACAUCAAAGUCGAGCUAGACGAAGUAGCAUGUCUUGCAAUUGCCGAGCUUCUCCAAUCACCAUCCAUGGGCGAAUUCACACGUGAAGGCUUCCUCAACGGCUGGAGAGGCGUUCAAUGCGACUCCAUCUCCAAAAUGACCGCCCACGCUCAAAGCCUCCGCACCCGUAUUCCCUCAGACCCCGACCUCUUCCGCCGCGUCUACCGCUACACAUUCCCUCUCUGCCUGGUCCAAGGCCAGCGCAACCUGCAAUUCGAAAUCGCCGUCGAGCAGUGGAACCUCUUCUUCACGACACCAAAGGGCGGAGUCGCCUGGAACACGGAGGCGACUCCCUGGUUGGACUGGUGGGUUGAGUUCCUUGAGGGCCGCGGCAAGAAGCCCGUGAACAAGGAUCUGUGGCAGCAGGUCGAGGUGUUUAUGCGCAAGAGCCAUGAUGAUGAGGCGUUCGGGUGGUGGAGUGAGGAUGGGGCUUGGCCUGGGGCGCUAGAUGACUUUGUUGCGUGGGUUAGGAAGAAGAGGGGUGGCGAGGGGGCUAUGGAGGAAUGA